UUGGCGGAACAGUACAUUGUCAUCGUCGUUGUUGUGAACCAACCUGCCAAUCGUUAAUCCUGGUAUCGCUUUCAUUUUUUGUUGUUCGUGUCAGCGUUUGCGCAACUUGUGAUUAAUUUAGACUUUUCAUAACCCAGAGCAAAUUUAAUCUUCCAGUAUUUUAGACCAGAGCCCCCAAUCAAAAAUAAAGCCGUUGGCCGCGACGACCGGACGGUUUGUUUGUUACAAACGUUUCUGUGUUGAGCGCUGUCGGCCACCUUGUGUUUACGAAGUAAACCGAAAGCAGUUGGCACACUCGGCAAAGCUUUUCACAGACUCCUCUCCGCCCACGGAUGUCUUCUGACGAGGAUUUUUCCCUAGUGUCCGAGAAGGGCGAAGAGUCGCCCGUCUUUGCCAUGGAAGCGGCCAAGAUGGAGAUUGAAAAGUGCAAGGUGACCUAUGACAUGAUGGUGACUGAUCAGCGGGACCUCACGAAAGCCAGGGACGAGCAGCUGCACCUGACCGAGGAGUACGAGAAGCGCAUCGCCAAACUGGGGCAGACUAUGGAGGCCGAAGAGCAGGAUCGAGCCCAGAGGGUGGAGGACGGAAAGGCGAAGUUGGCGGCCGCACAAGAGGAGGAGAGAAGGCUGCAGGAGCUGCUGCUCAGCAUGCAGGCGGAGCUCCGUCACCUGGACCAGGAGGCAGUCCACCUGCGUCAGCAGGCCCAGGAGUCCAGUUCGAUGCCUGAGAAGAAGCUGGUCUUCCAUGGAGUUGUGCGUGAAGGGGGAGGCCUCAGCAGGUUUCAGACGAGGACCCGAAUUAUCUACCCCAUGGAGGGGGGGACGGCCCUGAUAACCUUUGAGGAUGAAGCUGUGGCUCAGAACGUUGUGAGAGUGAAGCAGCAUGAGAUCAAGCUUGGGGACUGCUGCAUCAGUUUGGAGGCCUCGCCGGUUCUGAUCUGGAUGCCCAGUCAAGUGGAGGUGACCACGGGCCUGUGCAGCCGGCGCGUCCUGGUGUCGGACUUGCCGAGGGGGGUGGAGCAGAGCCGCCUGCUGGACCGGCUGGAGAUCCACUUCGCCAAGCGGCGGAACCUGGGGGGGGAGGUGGACGGCGCCGAAAUGCUGCACGACUCCGGCAACGCCGUCCUCACCUUCGUGGAGGACACGGUUGCGAAAGGCCUGACAGACAGGCAGUACCACGAGGUGGACUUCGGCGACGGGACGAGGGGCCGGGUGAAGCUGAGCCCGUUUCUGAGCGGGGAGAUCACGGACCUGCAGACGCGGGUGUCGGCGUCUGCCCGCACGGUCCUCCUGACGGGCAUCCCGGCCAUCAUGGACCCCAGCGACCUCCAGGACCAGCUGGAGAUCCACUUCCAGAAGAAGGGCAACGGCGGGGGCGAGGUGGAGGCCAUCGCCUACAACCCGCUGCGGCGGCGGGCGCUGGCCGUGUUCGAGGACGACUGCCCCGCCGAGGCAGAGUGAGCCAGCCGCCCAGAGGAGCCGCCGUUCGCAGCCCACCAUCCCCCUUCCGGCCUCUGGCUAGCCUCUGAACUCUAGCCCCAGGCUUAUUUCCUGGCCUCCCAAAUCUGACGAUGCCGCGCUGCGCUCUUUGUAACUCUCUUUGGGUUGUUCUUGUUCAAGCGAAAUGAGAUUCAUUCAGACCACGCAUGAAGUAAGUUGGGGCAUUUUAGGGAACACAGAAAAAUUCAAAGUAUAAAAAAAAAUAUGAUGUUUCAGAUCAUUUAAAGUAUUAUGCAAUAUAAAAUAAGAGAUACCUCUUAAGGAACUGGUAAUGAAAAAGGGCAUUUUGUCAUCUGAUUUAUUUGUAUUUACAUAUAUUAACUUCAUCUUUUUGUGGUACAUUUCUUCUCAUUUUGAUGUCUUACAUAUGGACCAUAUGGAAGGCUAUUUUUCCACCUAUGCACUUUCUCUGUUAUAUAUGUGUUACUGGGUUUGUUCAUAUUAGUAUACGUGUACAAAUAUUUGGGAUUAAAGUGGUACUGUACAGCCAUUGCUGUGGAACUCUGUAA